AAUGUAUUGUUUCAAAUAUACAAAUACUCCUGAUAUAGAAUCGGGUUUAAAUCUUGUUAUAAAAGACGUUUACAUUGACGAAACUGUUGGAUUUCAAUACGUCAAUGUCUUUACAAAAGGUCAAGAUCAAGGUCAACCGAAUGAUUGCUCGUCGAUGGUAAUUAGCCUAAAAAAUGAAACGUCAAUUAUAUUAACAAUUCGGCUUGACGAGGUUAUUGGCAAUAAGAGAAUUUCAUCAAUAAGCGUAACGAGUCCUGCAAUUUUAAGUAAAGUUCUAAGCAACUCUGUGACACUGAUAUCUUGCACCGAUUGGACUCACUUUUGGAUUGAAUUAUCAGAAACGCUUAUAACAAUUGGUAUGGGUAAAGGUUACGGAUCAUUUAUAUUGGCUAGCAUUCGAACGGCCAUUACACUAGACAUAAGGCAAAUACUUAUUAAGAACGGCUUAACCAAUAAGAUUAAUCACUUUGCGAUAACUGAUACAGAAGGAAGAAAGGUGAAAAGUUCUAAUACACAAUGCCAAAGUAACGCUUAUUACGCAACGCUUGAUGGACAUCCUUCCACUUGCGUACCUUUAGAGGAAACCAGUAAUAUUAUAGAAUAUACCCUAACGAAUGGAAAUGGAAUUAGGAGCAAUGACACAAACUGUAAACUAAUAUUCCAUUUAAAAAUGAGAUGA